CAAAGCCUUCGUGGCGACUGAUAUGCACAGCAGCGGCAUGUCCGGAUAUGAAACACAUAGGGAUGGAUGUAUCGCGUAUGCUUGCUGAUGUAAAUCCGCAGCCGUGACUCUGCAUGUUCCCGCUCCUCCAAGCGGAUAGGGAGACAACGAGCGAAAACGGAAGAAGAAGAAGACGACGGCGACUACCAUCACUUUCAGUCCAUUUGGAUACACAGCGGUCACAGGAACUAGACAAGGCACUGGCGGUCGAGGGCCGAGUGGGACGGUUCUGAGGCUGCGAGCCAGAGACGGGAGCUGCGGCGACAGCGGAUCGCAGGCAAGAAGCAGGAUGUCUCGUAAGGUGCAGAGAAGCGAGGUGUGCGCGGACUGCAGUGCUCCAGACCCUGGUUGGGCUUCUAUUAACCGUGGAGUGCUAAUAUGUGAUGAAUGCUGCUCUGUGCACAGAAGUCUUGGACGCCACAUCUCUAUUGUUAAGCAUCUUCGACACAGUGGCUGGCCACCCUCAUUGCUUCAGAUGGUGCAAACACUGGCCAGCAAUGGAGCAAAUUCUAUUUGGGAACAUUCUCUCUUGGAUCCAGCACAGGUGCAGAGUGGUCGUCGAAAGCCCAAUCCCCAGGAUAAAGUUCAUCCAACAAAGUCAGAAUUCAUUCGUGCAAAGUACCAGAUGCUGGCUUUUGUUCACAAGUUGCCAUGCCGUGAUGAUGAUGGUGUGACUACAAAGGAUCUGAGCAAGCAACUGCACUCUAGUGUUCGGACUGGCAAUUUGGAAACCUGCCUGCGGUUGCUUUCUCUUGGUGCUCAAGCCAAUUUUUUCCAUCCGGAAAAAGGAACCACGCCUCUUCAUGUGGCUGCCAAAGCUGGUCAGGUUUUACAAGCAGAAUUGCUUGUAGUAUAUGGAGCGGACCCUGGUGCACCAGAUAUUAAUGGUAGAACCCCAAUGGAUUAUGCCAGGCAGGCUGUUCAUGUGGAUUUGGCUGAAAGACUUGUUGAGUGCCAGUAUGAGCUUACAGACAGGCUUGCUUUUUACCUUUGUGGGCGUCGCCCGGAUCAUAAAAAUGGGCAUUAUAUAAUCCCUCAGAUGGCUGACAGAGCUCGACCAAAGUGCCCGACUCAGAGUUUGGACCUUUCUGAGCUGGCAAAGGCAGCUAAGAAGAAGCUACAAGGGCUUAGUAAUCGUCUGUUUGAGGAACUUGCGAUGGAUGUAUAUGAUGAAGUAGAUAGGCGAGAGAAUGACGCUGUUUGGCUGACCACGCAGAAUCACAGCACGCUUGUGACAGAACGCAGUGCCGUACCCUUCCUUCCUGUUAACCCUGAAUACUCUGCUACACGAAACCAGGGCCGUCAGAAACUUGCUCGGUUUAAUGCAAGGGAAUUUGCUACUUUGAUCAUUGAUAUUCUGAGUGAUGCAAAGCGUCGGCAACAUGGCAAGGGUCUCACUAGCCCCACAGAUAACCUUGACUAUAGCCCACGUAACCAUGGUGAAGCUGAUGAUCAGCACGACUAUGACAGCGUAGCAUCAGAUGAGGACACAGAUCAAGAACUACACAGAAACACCAGCUCUGGACGGAACAACCGAGCCAAGAGUAUGGACUCUUCUGACUUGUCUGAUGGACCAAUCACACUGCAGGAAUACUUGGAAGUAAAAAAAGCACUAGCUGCUUCAGAGGCCAAAGUCCAGCAGCUCAUGAAAGUCAACAAUAAUUUGAGUGAUGAGUUGCGACGUCUCCAGCGAGAGAUUCACAAGCUGCAGACGGAGAACAGCACCAUGAGAGGUCAGGCAGGGGUGGGGCCCCAGCACGGGUCAGGGGUCAAUACCACCGAGCGAAUGGAGCAAGGAGGGGCAGUACCUCUCCGCCGGGACAGGCAAGCAUUCUCCAUGUACGAGCCUGGCGCACCCCCUAAACCCUUCAGUCCUGGUGUGGAUGAGCUGGUCAGCCGGCUGCAGCCGCUACACUCCAACAUACGGAAAGGUGCAUCUGGUGGCCCUUCUCCAUACAGCUCUCUGCAGCACUCUGGGAGUUCUGAUGGUGGCAGAUACAUGAUGCCCAAAUUGGAUAAGCAUGGCAGUGGGACAGAUAGUGAUUAUGACAACACCCAGACACAUGAGCCCUCUAUCAGUGUGACAGAGUCUCGCUUUGGGCGUGGAACAGGUGAGGAAGACUCUCGUUUGGAGCUUGAAGAAGGUGACAGCGAACCUGACCCAACUCUUCCCUGCACUGAGGAUGUCAUUCUGAAGACCGAGCAGGUGACGAAGAACAUUCAGGAGCUACUGAGGGCAGCACAGGAGUUUAAACAUGACAGCUUUGUUCCUUGUUCUGAGAAAAUUCAUACUGCUGUUACUGAGAUGGCAUCUCUUUUCCCGAAGCGACCUGCCCUCGAUGCGGUUCGCAGCUCCUUGAGGCUUUUGAGUGCCAGUGCUUACCGGCUGCAGAGUGAAUGCAGGAAGACUGUUCCUCCUGAACCUGGAGCACCAGUGGACUUCCAGCUGCUCACUCAGCAAGUUAUUCAGUGCGCCUACGAUAUUGCCAAAGCUGCAAAGCAGCUGGUUACCAUUACAACCAGAGAAAAGAAACAAUAAGGAGAGCAAAGAAGUAGAGAUGCAACCAACAUCACUUGCCACAGUGAGUUGCGACGGUGGACCAGAUGUUCACACCAUAUAAAGGAUCUUGAUGCAAGUCUUUGGAGUGGGAAAGCAAAUUUGACUGAACAUUUCUGACAAAGUGACUCCAAUGUCUUUUCUGUUUUAUCUUCCCUUAUAAUAUAGUGGGUCUGCCCAGCAACUACCGAGCUUAUUUCACUCUAACAGGAGACAUUCCCACUAGCCUCAUGACCACAUCUUUCCUGUGGAGAGAUCCUUCUAAUGGUGGACAGAAUGCUUCUCUGAGAAGCAGGAUAGAGAUAGCUGAGGGUUCAAGACUUGCCGCUGCUGCACUUUUAAGUAGUCAUCAAUAACAAUGGAAAAUGCCUCCUGGACCGAACGUGCACAGUAUAAGUCCUGUGACAUUGGAAAAGAUGGCUGCCUGUGCUCUAAAGCCUUUGAUUCUGUUGAGGUUGACAGACUAACACUGGAAUUCUCUUAAUUUGUAAUGAAUUACAAUCAUUUUAUGUUCAUUUUGUUUUUACAACUGGGCUUUUUGUGUAACGUGUGCCAUAUUCACACUGUUGUUUACUUCCCCACAUCCUGCGCCAGUUGCCUCUCAGGUGUAUCGAGGUAUAGCAUGCACUUUGCUUCCUUCUGAGACAGCCUGCAUGCACAAUGACAUUUGGGAAAGGCAUAUGACCUUUGCAUACGGCCUCCCUUAUGGGAAAGCAUUUCAGUCAUUUGGUCUGGUUCUUCAAAACCUUGAACAGCAUGAGUUCAGUUGGUAGAUACUAGCCAUGCGGGGCCCUUAAGCACUUUUGAGUGCUGCUUGUGAGCCUAACAUCACGUGCCACUGCCCUUGGGAUGCCAGCUUGCCUCUUCUACACUCUUUGAGAUGCCAGUGUAGACUUGUGUAAUUAACACCCUUUAAACAUAGAUGUAAUUUCUUAAAAUGGUGUGUGUCACUAAGCAACUGCAUGCAAGAUCGGCCAAAACCUCGUGUGCUUUCCCAGUCUCACCUCACCACUUGAUUAUGAGGAUUAGCCUGGAAAUUGAAGCUUCUUAGAUUUUGAAGGAGUUCCAGGGAGUAGUAGUGACUUGUGGAGAACGGUCUUAGUUACAGUUGGAAGAGCAAAUUGUUUUCCUUUCAUCUGUCACCCUCAAACCCUUGUGUUGUAGCUAUCCAUUGGUACAGAUAAGAGAGGCAGGAGCUGACUAUAGCUGGCAUUUUGACCAUUUCAAAGGUUACUAUUCUCCUCUGGCUGACUGCUCAUGGGAUGUUUCCAUCGCCCAGUUUCAGUUAUUAUUACUGGCCUGUCAAGGUCCAGCUUGCCUUUAUCUUCGUAAUCCUGAGGGCACUCAUGUUAUAAAUGGUGUUUUGCACACUUACAUGGCGCAGCAUUUAUUUGUUUACCUCUCCUCCUGCACAGACGUGCCUUUUUUGUUUUUCGUUAAAUUCCUGGUUACAGCCUGUUCGUUGCUGACAGUUUGCAAACCAGCAGCCUGCCUGCGUCUGGACCAAGGAGGUGCCAGUGCCUGUUCAGUUUAGCCCUCUGAGUUUUCCCAUACCACUGAGCCCAAAAAAAAGGUAUAUGCCAUGAGCACUUGCAGAUAUCUAAAUGAAAUUAUCUGGUGGGGGGAAGUGACAAAAAAUAUGUAUGUGGAAGAAAAAAAACUCAAAAUUGUACAUUUGUAAUAAAAAUAAUGUUAAUGGGA